CUAACGGUGCUAUGGUCACAUUCCACCCUCUCCGUCACAUGAAUUCGCUAAUGUUUGGACAAAUAAAUAGUCGCUGCAGUUAUCACAUUGGAUUUUUCCUACACAUUAUCUAAAACUUGAGUCCAAUAAAUAGUGCGUUGCGCCCAUUAAUUUUUCACUGCCCUUCCUCAUUUUCUAUCGUCUAGGUUCUUCCGUAUUUUCACUCCGUGUUUAUUGAUACCACGACGGGCUUGUGAGACUUCAAAACCCACAUUUAGAGCUCAUGGAUCAAGACAUAUUAUAUCACUUAGCUUUAGGUAGCGAAUCUCAUGACCUGGUCGAAAUGUUCGGAGAUGUCAAGUUUGUCUGCAUGGGCGGGACACCAAAACGGGCGGAACAGUUCGCUCAAUACAUGAUGCACGAAAUUGGCCACAAACUACCCACCGGGACGACGCUGGUCGACAUUAGUCAGUACUCAUACCGUUACGCCAUGUACAAAGUUGGCCCUAUUUUAUCAGUUAGUCACGGAAUGGGCAUACCAUCGGUCGGAAUCCUACUGCACGAGAUCAUAAAGCUGAUGUACCACGCCAAAGUGAGGAACCCUAUAUUUUUCCGGAUAGGGACGUGCGGUGGAAUAGGAGUGGACGGCGGCACCGUCGUCAUCUCGGAGGAAGCAGUCGAUGGACUGGGACAACCCUCCUUCGACUUGCCAAUUUUAGGGAAAGUUGUCAAACGACCGGCAAAAGUAGACAAAAGGCUUAUGAGGGAUUUGAAAUUAUUAGCGGAUCCGAAUGACCCCUAUCCAACAAUAUCUGGAAAGACAAUGUGCACGACGGAUUUCUAUGAGGGUCAAGGAAGGAUGGACGGUGCGUUCUGUUGCUUCAAUGAGAAAGAAAAGAUGGCGUAUCUGGAGCAUCUGAGGGACGAAGGGGUUGUAAACAUAGAAAUGGAAUCUCUGGCGUUCACCGCUCUCACACACCAUGCUGGGAUUAGAUCUGCUGUUGUUUGCGUCACGCUAUUGGAUCGACUCAAGGGAGAUCAGAUAAAUUAUCCGAAGGAAGUGCUGGACGAGUGGCAGCAGCGACCCCAGAAACUAGUUUCUAGCUAUAUCAAGAAAUUCCUGAAGAAGAAAGGACGGGUCAUCAACGAAAACUUCGGAAACAUCGCCGUCAAGAGUCCUCGCCGAUUCAAACUCGUGCAGCAGGAGUCCGAAAGUUACGACUAAUCUCUGUUUUCCAUCUCCCACUGCCUACCUGGUUCAUCAUUCCAAAUACUUUCUCUCUCGCCGAGAAAAAUCAAGUUUGAGGUCGAGGGUAAUUUCAAAGGGACUAGAUUUUUUUCUAAUCCCCCGGUUGAGCUUCUGCUCCAGGGCUUUAAAAUGCGUCGUUUUACCGCGCGCUCAAAGGAUUUACAACGCACAUUUCUCGUGGUGUAAUCUGUUGUCAAGUUCGUCACAUGCCAAGACUCGUUGAAUCAAAAAGGUGCAAAGUUCGCCUCUGUAUUACAUUCGUCAUGUCAUCUUCAUGUUUUCUCUCUCUUUCUCUCUCUAUUUUCAUUUUUUUCUUCUCCUCCUUUGAGAUCAAAUUGGUGAUGUACGUGUUAAGCAAAAAAUUUUUAGGGCGCCAUCUAUUCUGCCUUGCCAGGAAAAACGCCGUAUGAACAUUCGAGAGUUGCCUUAUUCCUCCGGAUAAAACAUGUAUUUUUGAGGAACUUUAUGCAUAAGUUUCCGUGGAAUGUUCAGAUAUGUUGAAUCGAAUUGCGAUAAAAGUAUCUAAAAAAUUCGGAAAAAAUGUUUAAAAUGUUUCCUGUAAAUUUGGUUUUUAGUGAAGGGAAUCUGGCAACGUCUAAAGGCUCAUACGGCGUUUUUCCUUACCACGGUAGCAUUGAAGAGAAAAAUACCAAUUAUUUUGACUCACUUCACUACCUCACAAGCAAUGAAUUUACUGCACUGAAUCAUCAUUACAGCUCUACUUUGUAAAUGAGAUAUUCGCACAAACAAGUGGUCAGCCAAAACUCUCGAUCCGGAGAACUUCUUUUCUUACGGACAUUAUGAGAAUUGAAGUGUCGAUAUGGUGCAAUUCCACAGUGUUUUUCAAGUUGCGUCUUCCCUCAACUAUUAAAUUACUUAUUCUGGUGUAACGGGGUAGAGUUGACGCCAAAUAAGUCUACGGACUUUUAAAGUGUGAAUGAAGAUCUCAGGGUGUUAGUUUAGUAUUGAAAUUGCAUGUAAGAAUCAAAAUGGUGGAUCUUCUGUCGUAGUUUGAGGUAGUAGAGGUCGCAAGGAACGAUCAAAGAAUUCUUACUUCUAUAUUUAAAUUCUGAUUCAAGAUUUUUGCUUUCUCGCAGCCCCUUGCGGGGUAGAAACACUAUUGUAUUAAUUUUUCUUUUUGCAAUUUUUGUCAUAUUUGAUAUCUGAUAUUUUCUCAAAGUUUCUCAAAAAUUAAGCUAAAUCACCGUCUGAGCAUUAUUGAUCUUCUCCGCGGACAGUAUAAAAACUAAAAACAUCAUAUUAGUUUUGAAAGUUAAAAACUAUUCAUAAACCACCGGAAAGUUAAAUGUUCAAUCAUGUCUCUAGGUAGGUUUAGUGUGUGUAUUUGAAUUAAAAUUGACCGCACAACUGAAAGACACACACAACUUUUACUUAAAGGACUUGGCCGUGAGAUGAAAGUCAGGACAAGUAACCUUGCUGUAAGAUCAAAGUUGAACUUCAUUUAAUUUGCAGUCUCAUUGGUCGUGUGUUUUAUAUAUUUCAGACCGCCGGCAUGUUGAGUUGCAUAAAUUAUUUCUUGCUUCUGUAUGUAUGCAAUGUACUUAUACAAGUAUGUAGAUGCUCAUUGAGGCGAAUUUGUCUCAGUCUAUGUGUUCUCUCCUGUCUACUCUAAUUAAGUUUGACUAAAAUAAUUAAGUGUUCGUUGAUCAUUUAUGAGAUUUUUAUUUUAAGUUGAUAUUUCUAUGCAAGCGCUUUUUAUAAGAUACUAAAUACUCGUUAGGUAUUAUACGAAUUAAAUCGUUAUUGUUGUUAUAAA